AUGCCGUCGAUCAAAGCUCUCGCCCCAGAGGAUGUCAACUACCUACGAUCCAAAGGCGCCUUUACGCUGCCUCCAGUUCGCGUUCGCGAGGCCAUGAUACGGUGCUACUUUCAAUACGUUCAUCCAUUUGCCCCUAUCCUUGAUGCAAACGAGUUCAUAACCGAGUAUGAGAAAGGACGGAAGAGCCUCUUGUUGCUAUGGAGCAUGUUCAUCGCGGCGGCAAGCUUUGUUGAUGAAAGCCUGCUUACCGAGGACUUCUAUCCCUCGAGGAGGGCGCUCAAGAGAGGCAUGUAUCAACGAGCAAAAGCACUUUAUGAUGCGGACUACGAAAAAGACAAAGUCACUCUCAUUCAGUCUCUCUUCCUAAUGGGACACUGGUAUACCAGCACAGACGACCGUGCCGGCCCAUGGCAUUGGAACGGCAUCGCCGUCAGCCUCUCUCACACCAUCGGCCUCCAUCGUCUCAACAUGCCAUGCCAACAGGCCUCCCAAGGAACGAAGCCAUUCUGGAGACGUCUCUGGUGGUCGCUAUAUAGCCGUGAAGUAUGGCUUUCACUGGGCCUCGGUCGACCGAUGCGCAUCGCCUUUGACGACUUUGACACCCCCAUGCCGGCAGCCUGCGACGCGGACGUCCUCUCACCCGAGGUCGCGGGGAACCUCGGCCGAAAGUACCUUCCGGGCGAGCUCGGCUUCCUGUUCGACAUCUGGCUCGAGUUUGUCGGACUCAGCGCGACGCUUGGCAAUAUCCUUUCGACGAAUUACCGGGCAAAGGGUGUGAAGCCGUCGAGAGCUGACAUUGAACGGAGCGAGAGCCAGAUCCGGCCGUUUCAGACCCGGGUCCCGGAUGCCACGAACCAAAGUCGGGUGGUUGCAUCUCACAUAUACCAGUUCAAACUUUACUUUGAGUAA